CGUGACACAAGGGCAGGUUUUGGGGUGACAGUGACAGGCUAUUCCUGCCCAUUUACCCUUACUUUUCUGCACUGUGAAACGCUCACUUGUGGAAAUCUUGGGGCCUCACAAAGAACCAAUCAUUUUAGUGGCUGGGGCAAGGCAUAUCUGAAAGAGAGACCUGGCUUGGGAUGAGGACUGAGUGUCGAGCUGAGGGAUGGAUAGGCAAUGGGGUGUGUCAGAGGUAUCUUCGGACUUGGAAGUACAGUGAUGCAGAGUGAAAGCUUAGCUAGAGGUUCAUGGCGAUGACGGAGAGGCUAGAAACAGAAGGCAAGUGACAGAGAGACCCUGAGAGGGCUGAGGACCUAACUGGAGAUGGCCACAGGGGCCAUGGAGAGCCAGGAAGGCAGGAAGGCUCAUGCGGAGCAAUCAGACCCACUGGGGAGGACAGUCCCACCAAGCCCAGGGCAAGCCAGUAACAAAGCUGGGUUGCAGGUUCCUAGUGGAGUGAUUCCGGUGGGGGAGAAAGCCCCCUGGCUCUCCUCCCUGUGCCUCUUCAGACUCCCAUUUUCAUUUGGGGGAGAGGGUGAGGCUGCUCCCCAUUGCGGUCACAGCCACAUCCUGCAGAGCAGGGGAGGGGGAAGUAAGACGCAAACAAGCAGAAGCACGGUGGAGGACCGUGGUGAGAGGGCCCUGGACAGGCCCAGGCUACGCCACCAGGAGGGCCUCAGCUCGGACCCCACUGCGGCUGCCCAGCCUUCCCCAGCCGGCCUCGACCUCAUCGGCACCGCUGCUUCUUAGAAGGGGCUUUCGGAGGGAUUAUUUAACUGGCAGCCUAACAUUGUUCUGUAAUGUCCUUUGAUUAUCUCAAAUUCUGUGUAUGUGCGUGUGUGGCUGCGGAGGCCGGAGGUGCUGGGUCCCCGGGGGCUGCAGUUAUAGGUGAUGGAAGCCUGUGGCCUCUUCUAGUCACUGACCACACACCCGCCCCAAGUACCAUGGAGUCCUUCAGCUCAAAGAGUCUGGCACUACAGGCGGAGAAGAAGCUCCUGAGUAAAAUGGCUGGCCGGUCCGUGGCUCAUCUCUUUAUCGACGAGACCAGCAGCGAGGUGCUAGAUGAGCUUUACCGUGUGUCCAAAGAGUACACGCACAGCCGGCCCACGGCCCAACGGGUGAUCAAAGACUUGAUCAAGGUGGCGGUCAAGGUGGCCGUGCUGCACCGCAGCGGCUGCUUUAGUCCCGGGGAGCUGGCUCUGGCCACGCGCUUCCGCCAGAAGCUGCGGCAGGGUGCCAUGACAGCGCUUAGCUUCGGAGAGGUGGACUUCACCUUCGAGGCCGCUGUGCUGGCAGGCCUGCUCACCGAGUGCCGGGACCUUCUCUUGGAGCUGGUGGAGCGACACCUCACACCCAAGUCGCAUGACCGCAUCAGACACGUGUUUGAUCACUACUCUGACCCUGACCUGCUCGCUGCCCUCUACGGGCCCGACUUCAGCCAGCACCUCGGCAAGAUUUGUGAUGGGCUCCGGAAGCUGCUGGAUGAAGGGAAGCUCUGAGGCCCCCAGCCCAGCACACUGGACUUGGGCAAAACGACUGACUGGGCUUCCUAACCCUGCACAAACGCUUUUCAGUCCCCUGGCUUCGUUCUCCCCCAAGAGGGACGCUGACACCGAGGUCACCCCCACCCCCAAACAGCUGGCGGAGGAAAAGCACGCUGCGCCAGUGAGGCGGCUCUCCCAUCCAGUGUCAGCAAAGGAAACAGCUGACUGGGGAAGACGAAGUGAAACUCGGGUCUGCUGCUCCCAGGAGAACUGCCCGAAACGGGAUCCUCCUCCUCCUCCUCCUCCUCAAACCCAAGGAAGGGGGCACUGGAGGCCGGAAGCGGGAAGGUGCCGUCGGAGGCCUUGGGAGAUCUAGGGAUCUCCUGGAGCUGGACACACACCAGAGGCUGGGCUCCAGAGUUUCUGGAAGGGGCCGGGGGAGGGGAGACACAGGGGAAUAAAACCACUAAAACAUG